AGGAAGUUUAUACUAGUAACUUGCAUUUUGUGGCUGGCCUUAAAAUGACAGAAAAUUUACUGAAGGAAUCAGACAGAAUGUCAGAACCAUACCAGGAGGCUGCAGUUAUUGUAGGAAUAGACUUUGGGACUACAUACAGUGGCUAUGCCUUCAUGUUCACCAGUGAUCCAACCCCCAUCUACACAGCCAUGGGGGAUGAGAGGGAACCAACCUGUGUGCUCCUAAACCCAGAUAAGACUUUCAAUGCCUUUGGUAAACAGGCUCUAGAAAACUAUGCAGAGUUAGAACCAGAGGAACAUCAGUCAUAUUACUAUUUCCAACACUUCAAGAUGAAACUGUAUGAAAGUGAGAAACUUACUAGAGGAACAUCUCUCCAAGAUCGAACUGGGAAGAUAAUGAAAGCAAUGGAUGUUUACAGCAUUGUUCUACAGUAUUUCCACAGAAAAAUACUAAACCAUGUUGGUCAAGUUAAAAGUGAUUCAGCCAUCCAAGGAUUUUCUUCAAAGCAAAUCCUAUGGAUGCUCGCAAUACCGGCCAUUUGGGCGGAUUCUUCCAGGCAAUUCAUGCGAGAAGCUGCUACAAAUGGAGGGAUGGCAAAUGUCAGAUUGGUUUUGGAGCCAGAGGCUGGUGCUUUGUUUGCCAUUGAUAAGCCACUUAAGUUGAGAGAGGUCAAGUCAACAGAGAAGUUUCCAGUUGGACACAAGUACAUUUUAGCUGACCUUGGGGGAGGGACCAUUGAUAUUUGUGUCCAUGAAAUCCUUGAUGGAAGAAGACUCUGUGAACUCUACAGAGCUACAGGGGAAUAUGCUGGGGGCUCGAGGGUGAACCAUGAAUUUGAACAGUUCUUUGUGAGUCUGUUUGGGGCUCCAGCAUUUAAUGAAUUUAGAAUGAAAUUUACACAUUCAUUUCAGGAUUUUAUAAAGUCAGUUGAAACAAAAAAGUGCACAUUUUCUCACAGUACAGACAAGGUAACUUUACCACUGGAUUAUGACUUUGUAACAUUGGUCGAAAAUGAUAAUGGUGAAACCAUUGAAGAAAUGAUUCAAGGUUCAAGAUAUAAAGACCUUGUUCAGUAUAGGAAUACAGGUCGUCGACUUACUCUGAACCAAUCUGUUGUGAAGGAGUUUUUCGACACCUCUGUCGCUAUAAUCAUUGAAAAACUGAAGGAGAUUCUGUCUGCCUGUCCUCAAGACAACAUCACCAGUCUGCUGCUAGUUGGCGGUUACUCUGAGUCACCAUAUGUGAGAGAAAGAUUACAGCAAGAAUUUCCCCAACUAACCACUGUAAUAGUAGAAGAUGGGAGACUGGCAGUGAUGAAGGGGGCUGUAAUGAUGGGACUGAAGCCCAGAAACAUCAUCCAUAGGAGGGCGAGAUUUACAUAUGGGUUUAAAACUAGUGAACCUUUUGUAGAAGGAGAACAUCCAGAACAGUUUAAGGAGACUACAAGUGGUAAUACCUUGUGUGUACACGUGUUUCACAAGCUGAUAGAGCGGGGCCAACUCCUGAAGCACCAGCAAGAGUUCUCUAAGCUAUCCUUUAUCACCUUCAAACAACCAAACAGAAAACAGCUGGUGUGGCCUAUAUCACUGUGGAGGUCUCCCAGGGCUGAUCCCAGGUAUUGCCGACUGGAGGAGGAGUGUGAGAGGGUGGGCAGGAUCAACAUACAACCUCCUCCUGAAGGAUGGCCUGAUGUGGUACAUGGUGAAGAGAAGUUGAUAGUGGGAGAGACUGAGUUCACCGUGAAAGUUUUUGUAAAGGAGACUGGUAAGGAAUAUGAAGCAAGCAUGGACCUACUGUGAACAUUGAACACAGUUAAACGAAUUUACAUGCUGGAUAUCAAUGUUGUCAUCUCUGGCAGCCAUGGUGUGCAGUGGACUGGAACCAUUUAACAAAUUUUGGUUAAUGACCACCCAAGGAACAUUUCUGUCAAGUUUCAUCAAAAUCUGAUCAUCGGUUAACAUUUAAUUUGAAUAGAUUAUGAAGCAAAUAUCUAACCUGAACAAGAACUGACGAGAUAGAAUCGACUUGGUGUUUCACUUACACUUUUCGGCCAUUUAAGUUACUAAAAAUAGCUGUUUCAUAAACUUUCAGAAUGUCACUUAAACGAAAAUUAAUGUUCAGUCUAUAUAUACUUUCCUAUGUAUAAAUGUAAGGUUUUUAAAUUGAUCUU